AUGCUGAAAGAUGUCAGGGACACAGCACCUCGUCCAGUUGACAAAGGCGAGUUUUCAAGCAACUGGACGCACAGGCAAGACAGGCAACAGCCUUCUGCCGACGCAUGGGCAGGCCAAUGUCUGCCUGCAGGCGAUGCCUGGUCGGUGCCCUGGUCGGAGGUCCAUCCACUCGUCGCAGAGCUUGAGUGGACAGAGGAGGCUUACCAGCCUGAGGCCUUUUACCCUGCGUACCCGGCGAUGCCGAACUCGCACGUGCACCUCAUGGAGAUGGAUGGCGUCUGCAUGGAUGCCAUGGCUGGCCAUGGUUCGAUGCUGUCCGAGGACGGCUGCAUGCUCCAGGCGGAUGGGAUGGCCUUUGCCGACGAUGGCAUGGCCGUGCAUCACGGGGCGCUGAUGCCAGAGGAUGCCUGCAUGCUCCAGGGCGACACCAUGCCGGGGCACAUGAUGCACAUGGACGAGUGCAUGAUGAUGCAGGAUUGGCCUCACAGCAUGGUCAGCGGCAGCUUCCAUGUCCAGGCUCUGCCACCUCCGCCGCCUCCCGCGCCUCCACCUCCCCUGGCUCCACGUGAGGAGGCAGUGGCGACUUUCCUGGCCGGCCGUCCGCCUUCUGCGCAAGUGCUUGCCACCACCAUGAACACCUCAGGGCACGCUGUUGGCUCGUCGUCGCCAGUUGUCGCGGAGCCCACCGAGGAGCCAAGCCCUGACAUGCAGAGGCAGCGGCCUCCGACCUCCAGCGAACAGGAGGCCCUUGAGGCCAUGAACGUGUCCGAGGAGGAAGGCGAAGAUGAGACGAACCUGAGACGUCGCCGCCACAAGAAGCGGCGGGAUAAAGACCGACCAGGAGGCCGUCGCGGAAAGAGCGAUGUGCUGAGAGCCAUCCGGCUGAUGCAGCGUGAGGGCCGCGCACCUGCUCGCCCGUGGCAUCAGCGGAUGCAGGAGGCUCUCAGAUCAGCGAUCUUGGACAUGCACCAGGACAGUCUGCAGGCACUUCGCUUCGGGAUUUGCUUUGCCAUGUGUUGGUCGCUCUGCAGUUUGGUGAUGUCCCUGAUCCGUUUCUCUUCCCAAUAUGGCGGGGACGUGGGAGACCUCACAGCCACCCAGGGCGGUGCAGGCCGCUAG